AUGGUACGUGGGAAGGUGUUGCUUUCGAUCAUAAUUAUGCUGUGUUUCGCUUGUGACGUUUUAGUGGAGAAGGGUCACGCGAUUUGGUUGAACCUACCGGCCGGGGGAACCAAGUGCGUGUCUGAGUUAAUCCAGAGCAACGUCAUUGUUAUGGCUGAUUACUUAGCCAUUUCUGACCAUGAAUCCGAUCACUCUACUCUUUCCGUCAAGGUGACCUCACCGUAUGGAAACAUUCUUCAUCGAAAUGAGAAUGUAACGAAUGGUCAGUUUACAUUCACCACUAGCGAGGCUGGUAUCCACGAAGCAUGUUUACGGGUGGAUGGGAAUAAUCAAGGAGUUAAAGAAGUAAGUGUUCUCAUUGACUGGAGAAUUGGAAUUGCAGCAAAAGAUUGGGAAUCAGUCGCGAAAAAGGAGAAGAUUCAGGUUCUCGAGCUUGAGCUCAAGAAGCUUGAAGGACAGGUUGACGCCAUCCUUCUACACAUGGCGAUUCUUAAGGAGAGGGAAGCAGAUAUGAGAAUAGUGAGUGACAGAACAAAUGCUAGAGUGGCACAGCUCAGUAUCAUGUCACUGGGAGUCUGCAUUACAGUUUCAGGUUUCCAGUUGUGGCACUUGAAGCGAUUUUUCCGAAAGAAGAAGCUGAUCUAGGGUAGAUUUGCAGUUUCAAUGAAGUAUGAGGAAGACUGAUGCUGUGGCUGCAGGGCAUAUUUAGCACCUGUACAUCUUUAAAAUAAGUUCUAGCAUGCAUCUUGGGCUCUUUUCAAGGAUUGAUGAUGCAAUGAGAAUAGAUAAUUGUUGAAUUUGCAGAGCUAUGCUACC